AUGGGUGAUCACGACGAUUUCGAAGAUAACCAGUAUCCUGAUAAUGAUGAGUUUGUUCCGUACGUAACUGCCGGCAACCUUGCUCAAAAAAACGGCGCCAAAGUAUGUUUAUGGGGUAAAGUUACAAAAGUUUCCGCUAGUGAAGGCUUUUAUGUUAAGACAGUAGAUGAGCAGGAAAUUCUUAUAAGAUUAAAGAGGCCACUUAGCGAAGCAUUGGAAGGCUGGUACGAGAUAUACGGGGUAUCACAAGGCAAAAGUAUAGUAUGUGAUGAAUACGUGCCAUUUUCCGAUGAUAUGGCAAAAAAUAUUGAUACAGAAGGGCAUAAAAGUCUUGCAAAGUUAUUGUUAGCACUAGAUGAACCUUGGAAUCUUGGAGAGCAUCUGAGUAAUAUGAAUGGCGUGACUCCAAUGGAG